AUGCCGUGCCCAUUAAAAUGUCACGGAGGUCCUGGCUACGCAUCCCCUGCGGAUGCCAUUAAAGGUCCCAGAGAAGAAGUUCUAUUUGUGACCGCUCCACACGCCCGAGAUGGACCUGAUGCCAUAUUUACGGUAAAUGUGAAUCCGGAGAGUGAGACGUUUUGUCAGAUAAUCAGUCGAGUGGAUGUUCCAAACAUUGGAGACGAAGUUCAUCAUACUGGCUGGAACGCUUGCUCAUCCUGUCAUGAUAAACCGACUGAGAAGAGAUCCCACCUAAUCGUUCCCUGCCUCAACUCCGAUCGUAUCUACGUCAUCAACGUUGAAAACGAACGCGAAAUCUACCUCCAACACACAAUUGAACCAUCGAAACUCCACGCUCUCAACCUCUCCUUCCCCCAUACUUCUCACUGUUUGGCCGAUGGAAAUAUUAUGAUAAGUACCCUUGGAGAAGCCGAUGGAUCCCCAUCUGGAAAUUUCUUACUCCUGGAUGGCAAAACUUUUGAACCAAAAGGAACAUGGCCAGCGGAUGGGAAGGUUGUUCCGUUUAAUUAUGAUUUUUGGUAUCAGCCGAGACGAAAUAUCAUGAUUUCGACGGAAUGGGGAUCGCCGAAUCAUAUCAAGAAGGGGUUUAAUCCGGCUCACGUGCCAGAAGGUCUCUAUGGAAACAGUGUGCAUAUCUUUGAAUGGGAUACCAAGAAGCACCUCCAAACCAUUGACUUGCCAAUGCCACGUGGUGCAUUGCCUCUGGAAGUUCGAUUCCUUCAUGAGCCAACCAGUGAGCACGCGUUUGUUGGUUGUGCAUUGGGCUCGGCGAUUUUCAGAAUUCAUCCGGAUGAGAAGAACCCAAAAGUCCAAACUGCCAGCCUUGUCGCCACUAUCCCGUCGAAAAAAGUCGAAAACUGGGCACUACCCGAUAUGCCAGCCCUUAUCACUGAUAUCCUAAUCUCCAUGGAUGACAGAUUCCUUUAUGUGUCCUGUUGGCUUCAUGGUGAUAUUCGACAAUACGACAUUUCGGAUCCAAAAAACCCUAAGCUCAAUUCUCAAGUCUUUAUUGGAGGAAGUAUUCAUUCAGAGACAACUGUGAAGGUCCUGGAAGAAGAUCAUGAUGAGAUUCCAGCCCUUUACGUCAAGGGUCGACAAAUCGAGGGUGGUCCACAGAUGCUGCAGUUGUCUCUAGAUGGGAAGAGGUUGUACGUGUCGACGUCGUUGUAUAAAAAGUGGGAUGAUCAGUUCUAUCCGGAGAAUGUGAGAUCCGGCGCCACAAUGCUCCAAAUUGACGUUGAUCCGAUUACGGGACACAUGGUAAUCAAUAAAAAUUUCCUCAUCGAUUUUGGAAAAGUCCCCGGCGGCCCAUAUUUGGCUCAUGAGAUGCGUUAUCCAGGAGGAGAUUGUACUUCCGAUAUUUGGAUUUAA